AUGCACUUUGCGAAGACAUACUCCCAGCUCCUGCUCUCCCUCCCCCCAGAGCUUGCUCAGUCUGCCGUUCAGUAUCGCCAGCUCAAAAAACUCAUCAACCAGGUCGUCGCCGAGCUUUCCUCGCUAGGCCUCCCUCCGGAUGUCCUCCAUAACGUUGUUCAUACCCCUCCGGAGCCGCUAGACAAGGGAAAACAAAGGGCCAAGGCUCCUCCAUCGUCACUUUCUUCUCCGUUGCAGCUGUCAGGCCCCAGGCUCGUAUACGAGUUCGCCAAUGACUCCGACCGUCCAGAGCCCCGGCUGCGUUUGUAUCUCGACCCCAGCGGGAGUGAUCCCCAGUACGGCUCUACCACCCCUUCGUUCGCAUUGACGAUCCCGCCAUCCGCUGUGCCAGGUCUCCUUCGCCUGUCGCGUUCGGAUACUGCACCGUUUGAGGACUCUUUACCCCGUCCUGCCUCUCCCCGGCCUCUCUCGAACCAUACUAUUCGUGCAUUCAGCCCCCAAGAGCUCAUCAUCCCCCUCCCUUCCGAUGCAACCUUCUUCCGCACACUGUCAGAGACACUCGAAGCGCUCUCCACCCAUCUCUCUACGAAACGGACCGAGUUCGAGACGUCUGUCCAGACGCUUUGUCGCGACAUCUCGAGUGCUGCUCGGCCCUCCUCCUCAUCCCCCCUUUUCCACGCAUACUCCCCAAUCACGUCCGACGCCGCAACCAUCUCCGUGUCCUCCCGCCCGUUCGCAUUUUCCUCCAAGUCCGACCUGGAGACAUGGCGGGAGGUCUUCCAGAUGUACAUGGACGCGGACAUCUUCCGGGGACACCAAGAACGUUUUCGCGGCGAGCGGACGGUUGAAGAUGCCGAGGCUCGUCUGAACGCCUUCUACGGACGGUUGAAGGCACGCUCGGAGUCCGGAGAACUCAAGUUCAAGCUCAAGCAGAGCCGAGUUGCGCUCAAGACGUUCGUGGAGCUCAAUACUUUCAUUAUGGAUUUGCGGAAGUUGCAGCACGGCACAUCGGAAGCCACUCGCAAGAUCCUCAAGAAGCACGCGAAGAGAACGGCGUUGCCGAUCGCUCCCGACCUUGCCUCGCCGUUCGUCGUUCGUCAUGACCAGGGCAUCGUUGCACCGUACAGAGAGCAUCUCUCACAAGAAGAGUCGCUGUCACUGUCGCUGGUUCUUAUACAGGCCAUCACCGAGAUUUUACUCCCCAUCAUACCGCAUAUUGAUGACUACGCCUGUGUCAUCUGCACGAGUCUCGCGUUCAAGCCCAUACGACUACACUGCGGUCACUUGUUCUGUGUACGAUGUCUAGUCAAGCUACAAAAGCGUGGGGAACAGCACUGCCCGAUGUGCCGUGCAUCUACUGUGCUUUCUGCCAACCGAUCAAAUGUGGAUUGGGCAUUACUCAAUUUCAUGAAAGACUGGUUUCCUAGUGAGGCUCGAAAGAAGCUUCAUCAAAAUGAGAGAGAAGCUGCCAAGGAGCAAAUGGAGGAGCUAGGAUUAGAGUCUGGAGGCUGCUUAGUUAUGUAA